CUUGCAUCACUUUAUGUACUUUUCCAGUACUUAUUCAAUUGAGGACACGGUUGUCUAGCACACAUUAAAAGCGAAGAAACCGAUCCGGGACAUCGAAUUAUAAUCACAUCAUACGAAAGGCGUAUAGAAUCGCCAGCUUUCCAGCUUUCUCUUUUUUAACUCUUCCAACACCUACCAUCACUAACCUCGUCAACCUCACCAAACUCGGAGUCGACACCUAGGUAUCCUCGGCUUGUCUCUCUCCCACUCCGUCUCUCCCUUUCUACUAUUUGUCGAUACCCUUUUCCUCUACUUCCGUCUGACCACCGUAGCCCCCAACCUUUCUCUACUACACCUCCCACAUUGAUAUUUACAUCCACAUUCUUCGCGCAACCGUCGUCCGCAUUCUCGCCGUCUCGCGCAUAAACAGCUGGCCUGGGCGACAUAAAACCGCGAUCAACAAACAAUGGCCCAGAUCAGAGGUACAGCCGGCUACCACCUCGGUGGACCGAACCCCUUUGGCGGCCCCAAACCCGACGUCGCCGACCCGAGUCCUCUCGACGCGAUCAGGGAACAAACCAGUAAGAUCGAGGAUGUUUUGGAUACCAUCAGUGAACCCAUUAAGCCAUAUCUACCAGCAAUUGGGCGAUUCCUGAUUGUUGUCACAUUCCUCGAGGAUGCCCUGAGAAUUAUAACGCAAUGGAACGAUCAACUGGUAUACUUGAACUCAUAUAGGCACAUCCCCAGCGGCCUGACGCACCUCUUCCUCAUCGUAAACGUCCUGACAAUGUUCGCCUGCUCCACCAUGGUCAUCAUCCGAAAGCACUCCGACUACGCCGUCGCCGGUCUCAUGGGAGUCGUCGUUACCCAGGCCCUCGGAUACGGCUUGAUCUUCGACCUCAACUUCUUCCUCCGAAAUCUCUCCGUCAUCGGCGGGCUGAUCAUGGUGCUGUCGGACUCUUGGGUUAGGAAGACCAAGGCGUUCGCGGGCCUGCCCCAGCUCGACGAGAAGGACCGAAAGAUGUACUUCCAGUUGGCUGGUCGUGUUCUACUGAUCUUCCUGUUCAUCGGCUUCGUUUUCAGCGGAGAGUGGUCCGCCUGGCGAAUUGCUGUUUCUGUCAUUGGUUUGGUUGCUUGUAUCAUGGUCGUCGUUGGAUUCAAGGCCAAGUUCAGCGCCACGCUUUUGGUUGUCAUCCUAAGUAUCUUCAACGUUUUGGUCAACAACUUCUGGACUCUCCACGAACACCACCCUCACAAGGACUUCGCCAAAUAUGACUUCUUCCAGAUCUUGUCGAUCGUUGGUGGUCUUCUCCUGCUCGUUAACAGCGGCCCGGGCCAGUUCAGUAUCGACGAGAAGAAGAAGGUCUAUUAGGCGACCACAGAGUUCGCUCCCGACGAGAAACUCUGCCGAUGGCACUUCCGCAUCGCGAUCACACAUGAGCAUGAGCUUUAGUUAGGUUUGUCUUCCGCCGUGUGCCGAUGCCGAUUGGGGCAAAACACAUUUUUUUGUGGCGUAACGGGCGUAGAAGCGAGGGUUUUUAUUGAAGAAAAAAAGUUGAUUUUUUCAGCAAGCCGGAAAGACUUGGCUGAAAUUUGGGUGCGGCAACCCAUAUAUUGCUCUCACUUAAGCUCAUCAUGAGAGAGGGUCUUGGCUGCGAAAGGGGACAAAAAGAACUGGGGAAGUCUAUACAAAUUAAGGAAAUGACACUACUAGGAUUAUUGAUAUGUGUGCGUGCAUCUGCAUCUGUAAUGUGUAGGUUUAAGAAACCAUUGAUUCGAUGACUACCUACUUGACACUGCCCUACUAAUGGAAUUUCAUGCGCGCUUGAAAGUAUGGAUCGAUUGGGGCUUGUAUUAUAUUGAAAGAUAAAACGCCGCGAGGUAUCGAAGCAUAAUGGGAUUGUUAGAUUGGGUACUUGAUGAGUUUAAACGUGUCGCAGCUAUAGCUCGAGUAGCGCAACAUGGGGGUUUUAUUAUUAUUCUUGAAGUAUUGGUAGAUUCGCCGCGUAGCCCUUUUCCCCCUUUCCUGCGG